AUGCUUUCGCGAGCUAAUUUAACACGAGGUCAUUAUGUUUUUAAAAAAGAAUUAAAUUUUGCCAAAGGAGGAAUCUUCACAGCUGGAAAGAUAGUAUCAAUUGAUGACGUUAUUGCAACCGUUAAUUAUGAUAAAAAAAUACGCCCUUAUCAUGAGAACGAGCCAGUCAACAUUACUACACAAAUACAUAUAGUAUCUCUGGGACCAAUAGAUGAAAGAACGUUCACCUACGAGAUUGGAUAUUACCAUCGGCAGUGGUGGAAUGACCCAAGAUUAAAAUUUAACGGCUCAUCAAUUACACACAAUUUUCCUCCGGAAGAACAAAUAUGGAUCCCAGAUCCCGCCGUGGUCAAUGUGAGACAAUUCACACGCUUUAGAACAUCAGUUCGAACAGUGAUAUCACCGCAAGGAAAUGUCUACGUUUCCCAAAAGACUAAAGCUGUUUGUUCCUGCGUUAUGGAUCUUAGAAUGUUUCCGAUGGACACACAGAAGUGUCCCUUCAUUAUUGAAAGCUUCGCGUUUAAUGCUGGCAGUUUGCAACUCUUUCUGCACGCAUCCCCUGUUACAUACAACAACGAAGAUGUUGAAUUAUCCGGUUAUGAACUUCUCGAUAUCACAGCAGAAAAAUUAUUACCACAAUAUCAACUUGUUGGAAGUAAGACAUCUGCGUUUGUUAUCUCCACGACAUUGCUACAACUAGAUAUUUUAAAUGAUUCUGAAUAUUAUGACAAUCUGGUUUAUACAUUUGUUGUGAAGAGAACGCUUACCUACUACCUCUUUCGAGCUUACGCUCCAACUGUUGUGCUAAUGAUGUUUAACUUCGGCUCUUACUGGCUUCCACCAUCUGCAGUACCAGCCCGUAUCACACUGAUUGUGACUACAGUUCUUACAAACGUUGUCAUUCUACAAAGUGCGACAGAGCAAACAGUUAAAGUGAAAUACGUGACGCCCAUGCAACUCUUCCUGAUUGUCAAUAUACUGUUUAUACUCUUUUCCAUAGUUGAAUAUGUAUUUGUGAUUAAUUUCCACCGAGUUGGAUAUAAGGAAAAGAAAGAAAAAUUUGAUUCCGAUAAGAUUGUACUAAAUUCUUACGUCUUGAAAAACCACGAACAUGCCAACCAAAGAAAGUUAUCAAUCGGACCAACGAAAUAUGAUGGCAAACAGAAAAACUUGAAGAAAAGCAAAAUAGACAAUUGCUUCAAAAAUAAGUCAGCCUCCAAGGUGGGUUUUAUAGGUCUUAUCGGCUCAGAACUCUUGACGGCGUUCCGAUAUGUCCAGUGUUGCUUGCCGCCAAGAAACACGGCACCUAAACAUGUAAAAAAGCUCGAAAGAAAUUUCAAGAAGCAUUAA